GAGUGACGAGAUGAGCCCGCAACGUGUAGAAGGGCUGGGUAUUUUUUUUUCUUCUUUUGUAAUACGCGCGAGUGUGAAACCAAAGAAGGUUCAUUAUCGAAGUGAAUAUUAUAUAUAAUAUAACGAGAUUACAAUGUGGGACGAAGAAGCUGCACCGUGGGACAUCGAGGAACCUGCUCCGGAAGCGAGUGCCGAGGGUGCGGCGGAAGGUGCGCCCGCCGAGGCAGCUGCCGCCGAGAAACCUGUCUUGAAAUUGUUAAAGCUUGAGCCGCCACAUUACAAUCACCACUGGGUUCGACCACUGUUUCUUAAUUACGCGUAUCUUUACGAUUAUAGGAAGAACUAUUACGACGACGUGAUCGAUUAUCUUAAUUCGAGGCAGAAGGGUAUAUACCGCGAGCCGCCCAGGGCUCAGGAGUGGGCAGAAAGAACUAUAAGGACCUACGAUCAAAAGAACACAGACAAGAGCUUCAAACGAUCGGCCGACAUGAAGUACAUCACUAAUAUGACAUUCACAGGCAGACACUACAGUUAUCAUACUCGUGCUUACUAUAGUCUGAAAUACCAGAAGAUUCUGUGAAUCCACAGACCGCUGUUAAAAGCAGUCAAAAGGCAACUAUCAAAGACAAGUGAAAUUUCACAUAUCUGUUCACGUAUACACAAUCUCUCAAGAUCUUCAUCAAUAUUUAUUUUUUGACGAAUGUCUUUCUAAUUGUCUCUAUUGUAUUUCUUGUUUGCAAUUAGAUAAUUUUUAUUAGGUGUUUUGUAUAAACUAGUGAGAUAAAUAAUAUUGUAAUUCAAAUGUGAUUGGCACUAUUGAUGAAAUCAGCAAUGCAAUGAUUGCAGCUGAAAUGAUAUAUGUUUGUACACUUACUUGGCAUAUGUACCAUUAAAGAUUAACAUUGUAUAG